AUGGACUUUACGAAAUUGUCUUUUAUUUUUAAAGGUUCUUCGUUUAUUAAUGAUAGCUUUAUAGACGAUGAAAAAUACAAAAUUUUAGCAAAACUAGCUGCAUUGUGGAUAAGAAGAGUACAAACAUUUUUGGUGCAAGAAGAACAAAAUAAUAUUUUCGCGCGUUUUUCAGCACAACAACAAAACAAUGACAAUUUACCGACUGGAUCUAGGAAUCUUGUACCAACUUCUAAUAAUAAUAUCCCAUACCAAGAUGGUACACAACAUUUAACUAAUGAUAUAACAGACAAAAUUACGGGUCCCAAUGUCGACAACUCUAAGGAUUCUCGUCAUCCCGAUACUACGUCCUAUCAAUCACGUGAUAACAAUAAAGAAACAACAGAGAUUGUACCACUGAAUAAAAAGAAACGAAAAUCAAAAAAUAAGGAACUUCAACCUCUUAAUUCAACAGACGUAAAUUUUGUUCAACAACAAUACAACGAUAAGGAGGAAUUGGACUUAGAAAAACAUAAUAGCAAAGUUUCGUCAAAGAUACCAACGAAUUAUGGAAAAAACAGAAAUCAGAAUACUCACGUAUCUGAUAUGGAGGACAUCAUUGCCAUUCCUGUACUCGACUUUAACAAUCAAUCAGAAAUAUUAAUAGACAUUUCAACAGUGCAGAAUAACAUAGAUAUGCCCUCGUCAUACGUCUUUCCAUCUUCGCUUUCAUCGAAAGGUAGUGAAGAAGUGGAUAAUAUUUUGGAACUGUGGCUGAUUAACCAAGACGUAAUUAUGACGGAAGCCGAAGAUAAUAUAAUGGACAACUCAAUCUCCAAUUAUAAGGAAGAAAUGGAUCUUAAAGAUCAAGAUGCAUCAAAAGCCGCAUCAUCAAUCCAAGAAUUUGAAUCAGCCAUUAAAACAAAAGCUGACAAUCAAAAAUGUACAGAAAUCGAUGAUAAGACAGAUCACAAUUGGUAUCCACCUUCAAAAAUUAAGAAACCAAAGAAAGUUCUCACGGAUAUCAAAAAACAUUCAACACGCAACCAAACAUCAAUGCACACGUUUAUAGAAAAAAAAGUCGCAACUUACGAUGCUUACAUUCCAAUUAAUGAUAUAAACUUCUAUGACUCGUUUGAUGAUAAAUUUGCCUUCAUCGAACUUAACGUACGUAACUUCUCAGACUACGCUGGAGUAGAAUACAAUGCGACUGAUAAACACAUUAUUAUAAAGAACUACGCAAUUGGUGGGAUGAGACGCAUGGUACGAUUGUUUAAUCAUUUUUUCAAGGACAGCAACCUUAAAAUGAAAGAAAAGAAGUACUAUACGCUACAUGGUCAAAGAAUUUCUAGUAGAGAGUUCAAAAUUUUGGAAAUACCUAACAAUAUAGAUAGAACUAGCAUCGAAAGUAGCAUUAGACGCUUACUGCAUGCAAGACAGCUGUUGAAGAAUGUAUGGUCCAUUGAUAUUGAAAACUAUAUUUACCGUCUUGGCCCUGCGCAUUUCAAAGCUAGUGAUUUUGAUGAAAGAAAGAAGCAUAGAGGUGAAUUUAUAGGUUUUGGAAAAGAGCAUACAGCGGCGAAAGCAUUGGAAAUUACUGCUCCUUUUAACCCCAAAAGCGCAUUCAAGCAGAGACCAGACAAGAUCAUUGUGGAAUUUCAAAACGAGGCUGACCUCUUUAAUGCUUGUGACAAGAAUUAUCACUUUAGCGAUUUCAAUAUCAAAGGAAACCCAUUAGGUUACAACUGGCCACAAAGGGAACGCGCCAUAAAAACAGCGGCAAACCAUGAUGAUGAUUCCAAAGAGAAGGUGAAUAAUAAACCUCAUAUACAAGGUCAAAACAUAACCCUUGGUAGACAUACCCACAGGAAUCAGAGAUUCAAGAAUAAUCAAAAUUCGAAAAAUCACAACAUCACCAAAAAAAACUUAGAUAAUAUACCAUAUUGCGCCAGUGGAUCUAACAAAAUCCCGCUAGGCCUUAAAUCUCACUGCUCUAUGAACAACAACAAAGACAACAUAAUCAUUUCGGAUAAUACUUCCUCUGAUACUUCAAGCACAAAUAGUAAUACACCUAAUAAUCAAAAUCGCCAAGGGGACUGGGAUGAAUAUAGGAAUCAUAAUUACAUAACACAAGCUCAAAACAAUGGAAAAUCUCACGAGGAUUCAAUACAAGAUAAAAUAAAUAAUAACAGCACAAGAGAAUACCCAAAUGCAUACAAUAAAAAAAAUACACCUGAACAACAACAUUUACAAGAUAUCAAUGAUCAGGUUAUGCAAGAUAUAAAUGAAUUACUGAACAUGAAACGAAACAGAUUUAUUAAUGAGCAACAAAACCAACUACAAAAGGCAAAAUUUCCCACUAUUUCUUUUGCCACUUAUAAUAUUAAUGGGUUGAAAUCAAAUCCUGACAAACUAUAUAGUUUAAUAGACGAUCUGAAGGAUUUUGAUAUUAUUGGACUUAAUGAAACCAAUAUAUCACCAAAGGAUGGGAAAUACAUCAACAACGAAUUAAAUGAAGUACAGGUAUAUAUGCCAACCAACGAUGCCCAAGAAAAAGUUGAAGUUGCUAAAUUCAUCACUGAUCAAAUAAAUGAGUAUAAAAAUAAUAAUAAUAAUAAUUAUCUCAUUAUAGCAGGUGACUUAAAUGCUAUAGUUAAUAAACAUCAAGAUAAAAUACAUGUCACCAAGCAGUGGAAUAAUAAUCGAAUUUUCAACACGUUACUGGAUAAUGAUAUUAUUGACACAUAUAGGGAAGACAAUACUAACAAAAAAGAAUUUACAUGGUCUAAUGGCAGCAACAGUACAAGAAUCGAUUAUAUUUGGCUUAGUCCAAACUGGACAAACGAACUUAUACACAGUUCAAUAAAAGAUGCGAAGGCUGUGACGAAUAAUGAUCAAAACAUAGUCACGUGCAUAUACAAUACUAGCGAUAUCAUCAGGAAUUACAAAGCAUUUACGUGCGCCAGGAACAAUAACGAAAGAUUAAUUUUUGAUUACGCAUCAAUGGACAACGAUAAAUGGCAGGGGUACACAACAAAAACUGAUGAUGAACAUGUUAUUAAAGAUAUAUUAUUAAAAGCAGCAAAAUCUAAGAUUCCCAACAAGAAAAUCAAAGUGGGGAAAAAUAUGGCACGUUCAACAGAUACCACUUAUAUUAACAAACAUAAUCCGGAAUUUAAAAUAAUAGAAGUCCCAACGAUAUGGAAUCAAACCUGGGCACUACAUAUAAAAUCAGCUUGGAAUCAAACAAUGGAACUGAUUAAAAAAUACCGCACCAAAGCACAAAAUCAGCAAAUUGAGGAUUACAUCAACAAACGAGCUGCUAUGAUUAAAAACAAUUAA